AUGCCUGUCUUGAAGGAGGAUGGACAGGAUGGGCUGGACAAGGAAUGGCUCUUGCGGGUUCUUGACAGCAGGUUUCGGGAACAAGAACAUGCUAUCCAGCAAAUGUUGGACCGCUCCCUUCUUCAGCUGGAGCUGAGCGAUGACAUUGGCGUCACAACCUCCGAAAAGUUCGCGGUUCAAACCUCCUGUCACUCUGCUGCGGAUGGCAACUUUGUGAAGGAACCCAACUUAAUUCCCUUCACCAUGGCCCCGGAGACGCAAGCCGCCACACCAACCAUAGCGGCGGACUUGGAGGCUGCAAAAAUCCAGGAGAAGAUCGGCUCCAAAUCGGUUUCGAGGAAGGGCCUAGAUUUGGGAUCCAGCAAGCGACUGAAGUCCUUUGUCCACGGGCCCUUGGAUGUUGCUAUGGCUGUGUUGGUUUGCAUCCACCUCUUCUUCAUGGUGGCGUUGAUCGAGUUGGAGGAAGGUGACUCCAGGUUCUCCUUGGGAUUGUCAUCCGAGCCAAGCGACGCGAGCAACUGGUCGGAGUUUUUCCAAAUUUCUGAGUACGUCUUCUUCUGCAUCUACUUGUUUGAUGUCGUGAUUCGCAUCUAUGCCCUCCGGUGGGGAUGGUGCAUUGAUCCUUUCGGAGGGCUAAUGUUCAUGAAUAUCUUCGAUGCCUUGUUGGUGGUUCUGGGUGCCUUCGACCUCUUUUUGCUUCCCUUGAUGUUUGGCAUGCAGCAGGAUAGCCACACCCGAAGCAUGCGGGUGGUGAAGCUGUUGAGGAUGGUCCGCACCCUAAGGAUCGUGAAAACCGUUGCGGCGUUCCGCCAGGUGCGCGUUCUCAUUGCAUCAUGCAUGGCCAGUGUGGGUGCCUUGGGGUGGUCUAUGGUGCUUCUGUUUGUCAUGCAGCUCUCAUUUGCCCUGGUCAUUUGUCAAUCUUUGCAAGGAUUCAUCCAGGAUGACAAAGCUGACUAUGAUGCCCGCCUACAGCUCUAUGGCUUGUAUGGAAGCUUCUUCCGAGCCUUGUACACGAUGUAUGAAAUCACCUAUAGCGGGGGGUGGCCUGCAGUUGUGAGACCAGUCAUUGAGAAGGUCAGCCCUUGGUAUGCAGUUCCUUUCCUGCUUUACGUUGCUUUGGUGGUGUUCGCCGUGAUCAGAAUUGUAACUGCGUUGUUCCUCAAGGAGACGCUUGAAACCACCGCCCAUGAUGCUGAAAUUGCCAUUGAAAACCACCUGCAUGCCGGGAGCAGAUUCAGUGACAAACUCAAGACUCUGUUCCGGGCAUUUGAUUCAGAUGGUGACGGCGUGCUUACGCCACAGGAGUGGGAAUCAGCUUUGACAGUCCCCUAUAUCCAGCAUUACCUGCAUGUUUUAGAUGUACGUAUCGCGGACUGCCGCCGCAUCUUUGGCAUUUUGGACGAUGGCGAUGGCAAAAUCACGAUUUCUGAGUUUUGCGAUGGGCUAAAGCGUGUCCAAGGCCAAGCUCGGGCUGUUGAUAUGGUGGUUUUGCAGAAUGCCACCGAAAAAGUGAUGAGGGAGUGCAAGGCGAUCCGUCAGGCACUUGCGGGGCAUCAUUGCAACGCCCAAGGUUUGCAGGGCAGCUGGGAAUGCUUUGAUGGUUUUCAGGGCACAAUGCGAGCUCCUACCUGGGUUGGCAGUUGCAUCACCUUUGAGUUUCUGGAGGAGACUGACCCUGAUGGACAGGAGCGCACGACAUUGUCUGGCAGCUGCCGCAUGUCUUUCGCAGAAGGCACCGGGCAAGCGAUGAGUCUCACCUUCCGUGCGGAGCCAGAAGCCAGCCAAAGUAAGGAGGGCCACAUGGAACUCUUCGUGGGUUCUUUGGGGCAAGGCCAGCCGUGCUUCUGGCAACGUGGACAUGCAGAGCAUCCAGCAACCCCGAAUUUGCCCGCACAGCUACCACCACUGGUUCUAGUGCUUACCAUGGGCAUGUUCUUCGGGAGUGGCCCCACAGCUUCGCCCACUGCCAUCCCGCUGGGCUUACCAUCACUGGAGGAAGCCUCCAGGAACGUCUUGCAGAAUGAUGCGAGCUUCAGUUAA